CUCAGCCACCUCUGACAUGGGACACGACCACUCCACCAAGCACAACACAACCCUCGUGUGCCCUUCUUAAUCUCUGCGAACCCUCAAUCUCACCGCUAGCAAUUCUCCGACACAUUGCAGACCGCUAGAUACAGGCACGUACGAUAAGAACUUGAAGGACCCUGAGGAGCGCGAUUGCGAGCGACAGGAAGAAGCAUAUUUGGGAGAGGCGGGAAGAUAUUCGAGACGGCAACGGCGAUCCAGGAGUUGAGAGGAACAUCCUUGGCAAGGGUUGAAAUUGGGAGCUGGCCACGCCAUCAUUAUUUCGAAACUUGCUCCACCUGAGGACGAAUACUUCGAGCACUGCAUCACACAGGAGGAUACUGAGCGCGCAAACGAUCUAUGAGGUGUAGGGAAGGAAAAGGAAACCCAAAAGGAAAAGCAUACGAUUGCGCCGCUGGUUCUCUCUCUGUCCUCCCGCUCUAAAUGAGCCACGAACGACCGCCAACAUGAAGAUCAAUGGGACGUGUAAUUCGACGUUGGAUGAUUUAAGGAUUGGGAGUUCGGAGGUGCCAAUCGCGGGGUCGUUGACAUUUCAUCAACUGGGUCUGAUAAUAGCUGCUGCGUGCGCGCUGUUUGCUAGCUUAACGUCGUUCUACCUUAUAUUCAUGCAUGCGACGCAUUACACGAAACCCUAUGAGCAAAGACAUAUCAUCCGCAUCCUGUUUAUGAUUCCUGUCUACGCCACGGCCUCCUUCCUAUCGUUCUGGUUCUACUGGCACGCAGUGUACUUCGAUGUCAUCCACGAAUGUUACGAAGCGUUUGCGAUUGCCUCUUUCUUUGCGCUCCUCUGCCACUAUAUCGCCCCAAAUCUGCACGAACAGAAGAAUUACUUCAGGAGUAUUGAACCGAGACCAUGGGUCUGGCCAAUGAACUGGUUUAAGAAAUGCUGUGGUGGAGAGAGAGGCUGCUGGAGAACACCUAGAAGUGGUUUGACGUGGUUCAAUAUCAUCUGGGCGGGGAUUUACCAAUACUGCUUCAUUCGGGUUGCUAUGACAAUUACCGCAGUAGUUACACAAUAUUUUGGGCGAUAUUGUGCAUCCUCUAACUCGCCCGUAUUUGCUCACAUCUGGGUUCUGGUAAUUGAGGGUGCAGCAGUUACAGUUGCUAUGUACUGUGUUAUCCAGUUUUAUGUCCAACUCCGCCUCGAUCUGGCACCUCACCGACCAUUCCUGAAGGUUGCAGCUAUUAAGCUCGUCAUCUUCCUGUCUUUCUGGCAGUCAUUCCUGAUCAGUAUUUUAACCUCGUCGACGUUCAAUGUUGUCAAGACAUCAACGAAGCUUGCAUACCCGGAUAUCAAAAUUGGGAUUCCAGCUCUACUUAUCUGCAUUGAGAUGGCUUUCUUCGCCGUCCUCCAUCUUUUCGCCUUCCCAUGGGCACCAUAUAGAACGGGGGCUGAGGCAACUGGAUACCCUCUCUCGCCCACGGGGUCUUUCAACAAACCAGGUGUUAAGCAAGGCGGUUUCUUGGGUAUCAAAGCGCUCGGGGAUGCAAUGAAUCCAUGGGAUUUAGUUAAGGGCUUCGCACGGGGAAUGAGAUGGCUAUUCGUUGGCGUCAAGAAGCGGGAGAACGACCCUUCAUAUAAGCCAAGCAACGAGAACGGCUUGACACUAGAAUCAACAGGAGGCGAUCCCAACUACAAGAAAACCUACGCAGGAGGGUCUCCUAACCUCCCCAUCGCCGACGAAUUCCGCCGAAGCAAAUUCGGUUUACCAGGCUUCGACAAAGUAGACGACGAGCAGCAAGCAGGCCUGAUAGCCCACGCACAACCCAACCCCCUCAACCCAGGCUCAGGCGGCUACAUACCAGCACGACAGCGCUACGACGCAAACGGGCAAGAAAUAAGCCAAGGCGGAGCCACAUACGGCGGUGUCUACUCCGGACAAGCAUCUCCCGACCGCCUGAUCGGCUCAAAUCCCACGCCAGGAACGAUCAGGAGACAGGAGCAAGCGGGUGACAUAGGCAUGGCUGUCUCCUCCCCGCCCCAGAACCAAACACCUUCACCUUAUCAAAGUCAUUUCCGAGAGCCUCAAUCGAUGCUUGUGAGUGAGCCUUCGACGCAGACGGCUGCGGAUGCGUACAGAGAGCAAUUACGACAGGCCAGGAGACAAGAACCGAAUCCGCGUCAGCAGUGGGCGAAUGCGAGCCAACCGCUUCCUGAUCAAGCAGCGCAGCCGGAGAUACAUAAUGCGUUGUGGGGGCAGCAGCAAAGGCCGAAUGCAUUCUGAUUUUAAGCGUUGAGGAAAGGGGAUGUAUGUACGAUUUGAUGAUACCAUGGAGGAGAAACGGGAGGAAAGACUCCUGUGCUGUGUAUACAUCAUUGGGAGGCUCUCUGGCUCUUUAGAAGCCAAGGGAAGCAUGCAUGGCGUUUGGGAGUUACUCUGGCUACGAUACCAUACUGCGGUUUGGCUUUCUAAUUUUUAGUCUCAGAGGUGCCUCUAGGCAUUAGGGAUGGAGUCAGAUAAUUUACUGGCUUGGCUGGCUGGCUUGAUUGGGUGGGAAUUGGGGAUGAGGGGAAGGCGUUUAUGUGAUAUAUGGCCUACGAAUGGAACGGAAUGGACAUAAGAACUCAAAAAGCACAAAAAAUUUCAAAAAUACCGCUCUCUGUUUCCCUCUCUCCUCUUUCUCUCUUCAGACUCGGAUUCUGUUGUAAGAUACGGUUGAC